AUGCAAUGUGAAAUUUUAGAACCUUCACUGGAACCGAAAUCGGGGAUUGGAGUUAAUUUCUUCGGUAAUAAACUGAUAGUUGAUUCCUCAAGUCCGACGAAAAUAUCUUUCUCAUACUUUGUAAAAUGCAGUGCCUUCAAUCAAUUUCUUACAAGAAAAGCAAAAUUUCUAUUUCUCGGUGUGAACAAGAUUCAACUCGUUAUAACUGGCCCUGAGGUGAUUGUGACUGAACUAAACCCUAAUGAUACGUACACAUGUUCUGUGAAAAGUGUCUUCGGAAAGAAUUUGGAAACUGAAAAUUACAAGCCAGCAUUUAAACAAGUUUCUAAUGGGACUUUUACUAUAAACCAAAAUGUUCUGUCAUUCAGCAAAGACAGUCCAUCUGGUGUCCAUUUGUUUCAAUGUCAUUUUCAGAUUGAAACGUUUCACAUUGCAAAUCACUUAUGA